AUGAUAUCGGCUGUCUUUAUCAGUAACUGUCAUGGAAGCCUGCUGUUCUACAGAGCCUUCCGCGGCGGAGGCAGCCGGCAGGACGCCGUCAUGUACGCCAGGAACAUGAUUCAGCGGAACCUGAAGCCGUACAAGCCGAUUCAGCAGUUCGGAUUCGCUACGUAUUUCAGGAUCAGGCUCGAUGGGUUGCACCUGGUGGCGUCGUGCGACGGCGACGUUAACGCCGCGCACGUCAUGCAGUGCCUCGUCGACAUACGCGACACCAUCGUCACGCUGCUGGAAGCAAGGGUUACCGAGGCGGCGGUUGUCAAAUAUGCGACAACGCUCCAGGAGCUUAUGGACCUCGCAAUCGACGGGGGCUACCCGCAGGACUUUUACAUGCACUACCUCGGGCCCUGGGCUGUCAAGGAGAUGACGACGAGCCUGUUCAAGAAGAACCAGCCGAGAGUCAUGCACUACCUGGAAGGCUACGGUGUGGACUAUCACAGGUACAUAAAGUCGCAAAAGCCGGUCUUCCACUCGGAGAAGGACCUCGUGGCAACGUCCGACCCGGAGAUACAAAUGCAGAAUAUCGCAGUGCCCUGGCGGGUCGCGUCGUCCACGUCGCGCAAAAACGAACUAACGCUACUCGUAUCGGAGUGCAUCAACUGCUGCUAUUCACACGUCGGCGAGUUGUUGACGAGAGAGGUCGCGGGGAGCAUCACCAUGGACUGCCUCAUGUCUGGGACGCCGAAGGUUACCAUCAAGCUGAACACCGACUUCACGAACACACACACGCAAAACGCGUUCAAGAGUGUGGAAAACAAACACGACUCCAAUUUCGCACUCCCAGCCGGGGCCAAGUUGGCGACCAACAUGCUCGACUUCAAGGUACACAAAACGGUCGACAUAGGCUGGAUAAUGAAAACGAGGCAGCUGACGGUGGUGCCGCAGCAGGGAAUGACGGCGCUCAUGCUCUAUAGAUGCGACAUCAGCGGGGAACUGCCGUUCGAAGUGACGCCGGUAAUCACCAAGGCCACCAAGCAGCUGGUGUAUUACCACGUCACCAUACGUACCAAGUUCUCCAAGAACGUCAGCGCUAACAAUCUGUUGCUCAAGAUACCUCUGCCACCCACGACGUCUAAUGUGGAGAUCAUCAACCACUUCGGUCACUGCCAGUUCAACCUCGCGCUGAGCUCGAUGCACUGGCAUCUGGGCAAGGCUUGCGGCGGCAUCAAGUACACACUCGAGUUCCAGUGCAAGCUGGCGAGGUCUCUGAACGACCAGGACCCAGCAAUCGGACCAAUCGAGGUGGAAUUCGUGAUGCCAAACUACUCCUUCAGCGGCCUCUUCGUGCGCGACAUCGAAGUUACUAACACCACCCACAAGACACACAAAGCUGUGCAAUACAACGCCUCCAGCGGGAAUUACCACUACAAACUGAGGUUUCCCAAAUAA